AACAGGGGUAUAAGGUGGAAACGCCCGUCCGUUUAUUUACCAAGAGUCCUACAUAUCCCAGCAUGCAUUUCGUGCUUACGCAGGUCACGUGCCCCAACGUCUGUCAACAUGAGUGGGCACUGCUGUGCAGGGAUGUGCGCGAGUGACCUGCAAUUCAUUUUAAAAUAUAUUUAGAUAAGUUACUUUUUGCGAGCGCUAAAGUUACAAUAAACCAGUGCAACCGCAGUUGUUGGCGCCGGAAACAAAACACAUUUUCACUUGCCUUGCGCCAGCUUAUUUAAACUCGGCGUUUAGCUUGGCGCUAGCUAGCUAACGAUAGGCGAGCAGCGAUAGCAAAAGCCGAUGGGGCGCCUCGCUUCACUUUGAAACGUUGGUUUUCUCGCAAAAUUCCCCUUUUUGGUGACCCGCAUUAACAUACGUUGUUUGGGGUCUAUUUAAGUAGCCAGAUGUCACGCCUGUGUGGUGUGUCUGGUACUAACGUUAGCUCUCAUUUUUUAAGUCGAGCCAACGAAUGUCACCGGUGCACAGACCUCCUAAAUUAGCAUUUGGUUCUGAACGUUAGUGUGUAAACGUGUAAACGUCAGGUCACAGCUCAGUCAUUGCAACUUCCAUCAACCUUUUUUGUGGCGACGGCUUCACUCCGAACAGCCAACACAUCGUGGAUGUCCGAAGCAGGAGAAUGUGAGUGUGCGCUCGACGGGGAGAGGAUGCCACCAUCUUUCGCCGAGGACUGUCCGGCUUAGCAUAUCAAUCGGCCGACCGACAACCGCAGGAGGCGACUGAGAAGGACACGAGAGUCCGCGACAAGCUUUAUCCAGCUCUUCUGUCCCAUGGCCGCGGUUGGAGGCCCCAACGUGCUGUCCCAGCUCGGGGACGGGGCACCGGCAGGUCCAUUGUCCGUCGCCAACACGUCCGUGUCCGCGUCCCCGACUCCAGGUCCGGAGACCCGGGGUUGCGAGAAUGGCGCCUUGAUGGACUCGUUCGGGAUUUUCCUGCAAGGACUUCUGGCCGUGAUGGCUUUCAGCAUUCUGAUGCUGAAACGCUUCAGGGAGCCAAAGCACGAGCGGAGACCCUGGAGAAUCUGGUUCCUGGACACCUCAAAACAGGCCAUUGGGAUGCUGUUCAUCCACUUUGCUAAUGUCUACUUAUCAGACCUUACAGAAGAGGAUCCUUGCUCCCUAUACCUCAUUAACUUCCUUUUGGACGCUUCUCUGGGCAUGUUGCUCAUCUACGCUGGGGUGAGAGCUGUCAGUGCGAUUGUGGAGUGGAGGCAGUGGGACUCCCUGCGUUUCGGUGAAUACGGCGAGCCAGUGCAGUGCACCGCUUGGUUGGGCCAGUGUAUCCUCUACAUCCUCAUCAUGGUGUUUGAGAAAGUCCUAAUCAUGCUGGUCCUCCUCAUUCCCGAGUGGAAGAAGCUGUCUCUCCUCAACCCCAUAGAGAACCCUGCCCUGGAACUGGCCAUCGUCAUGCUCAUCGUUCCCUUCUUCAUCAACGCUCUCAUGUUUUGGGUGGUAGAUAAUUUUCUCAUGAAGAAGCACAGAACAAAAGCGAAGCUGGAGGAGAGAGAGGAGGACUCGCGGGGCAACAGCAAGGUGCGCUACAGACGAGCGCAGUCACAUGACGACUCUGAGUCUGAGAUCCUCUUCUCAGCAGACGAUGAAAUGGACGAGUCUGACGAAGACGACGUCCGACGCCUCACCGGCCUGAAGGCCGUGAAGAAGAAGAAGCUGCGCAUGGGGAUCCCGGUUUGACGCGCGUGCCUCAUCCGAGCUGUCCCACAAAGAUCCAGUGUCGGCCUUCGGAGUAGACACAAUCCUUUCAGCCCCAGGAUGCCCUGUGACACAAGAGUGUACUGUAGUCUAAGCCCUUUUGUCGUUGACCCCUGAAGGAACUAUGUCUAACCUGACAACAUGCUCAACACUCUGGGAGAUAUCUUUACGGUAAACCAGGUACAUCGGAGCGCUGUCUCAUCUUGAUGUGACACUCCUGUCGUGAGGUGUUGUGUUUUUGAAGAAAAAAAAAAUGAGGGGCAAAAGAAUCAUCAACAAAAUUAACAUUGUUAAAUCCUUCUUGUAUGCAUAAUAGGAAAACCGUAACACUGGUCUGAUACUGUUUGGACUCGUGUGUGUGUGUGUGUGUGUGUGUGUGUGUGUGGGGGGGGGGUGUCGGGGAUGAAUCUAACGGGCCACAACAGAACCAAACAUCAUGCAAAACUGUUGGGUGGGUUUGUUACAUGUGAUCGUCUAUCGUGUCCUCUUGGGUGAUUGUAUUCCUGAUAGGUCGAUUCCAUUUGAAACAUGUCUUACCUUUUGUUUCCUCAUGUAGAUGUACCACCAUGGCCUGGGAUGCCUAUAAGUGUGUGUGUGUGUGUGUGUGUGUGUGUGAGAGAGAGAGGGUGUUCACGGACACACCUUUAACCAAGACGAGCAUCGCGUCAGAGUGCUUGAAUCACUGCAUUGAUGCAAAGUGGAACUCUUUCCAGUUCCACCCCUCACUACUGCAUAUCCUGUUGUGUGCUGUUACCAUGUCAAAGAGCACAAACCUUCCAUUUUAGGGCCUGUCGGACUGCAAGUACAGGAGUGCUAUCAGCUCAGCUUGUGUCUGCCGUCUGUGUUUGUUUGUGACACUGAUUGUGUGUUCUCGUCGUGUCUUUGCUCUCAUUUCAAGUUGUCGGGGUCUUGUUUUUCUUUAAUAGUUUUUGAUCGUUCUUUUUGGGCCAAAAAAGGCGACUGUGCUUGUCUCAAAAGUGUUCUUUAUUCCUCCAACAGAGAGAGUAGAUGUGGGAACCAUCUAUUGCACAAUUUCCAAUUCCUCAAAGCUUAACUUUUCCUUUUGUCUUUGUGGGAUUUUAGUGUUUUUGUUACAAUAAUGUGCCUGAGGGAAAAUACCAGCAGGUUUUUGUUUGUUUUGAUAGUUUUUUUUUUUUUUUUUGCGACUUUUUAUUCAGAGCUUCAGGUGUUUAGGCAUGAAGCAGCAUUCAGCUGGCUCUGAUGUUAAGAAUGUGACAUGCAUCGACCUCAACUGUUAAGUGACCGUGGACCAGACAGGCGGGAGAAAGGGGGGGCGGGGGGGGGGGGUGUAAAUAUACAGUAUACCUGCAUGUACUGGCGUGUGCUGCAUGCAUGUGUCCGAGGGUUGCAGCUGGUCCUGUUUCUACUAAACGGAGAGUGACUUGUACUGUAACUUAGUAAGCGCGGUGAUGGGGAGGAUGAUUUCAUCGGGAUGCUUUUGGCCCGUCGACGGGGAAUAAAUGGCACGCGCGUUUUAACGGAGAAGCAAAUUUCUCCUCAGCUGGGACAAAGAGGGCUUUGAGUAUUUAGCGAUGUGAAACUACGAGAUGACGACAUGGCAAGUGGUGUGGGGUAAAUUAUCAUUAUAAAUGCUUUUCCAAUAAAAAAAAAAUGUGAAACACUAUCGUGAUUCUCCCACAGCCGUCCUGACGGCGUUUCA